AUGAGAAGAGACGCCUUGUGCAAACUAUCUUUAGUCGGCACAGCAAUGUUAGCCUUGAGUUAAGUUGGAAAAGUUUCUGCAACUAGUGGAGUUCAGACUCUCAGUCAGACUUAUUCUGAUUGUUACCAAUACGCUAGACUUACUGACUGCACAGAUUGCUAUUAAGUCGGCACCACAUAGCAAAAUGCAAUUACUAGAUUCCCCUACAGUUCUUCAACAUCAUAAGUUUUCGGCACAGCUUAAGAUUACGAAUAAGUCCAAUGCUCCUUCGUUGGUGAGUGUCCAGAUGGAGUCUAAAGAAAUACUUGCAGCUGGUAGAGAUACUAGACCUUUACUUGUGUCAAAGACUUACUCAAUUUGGGAUCUUAUAUUGCAACUACUAGUACUAACUAUCCAGCUUAAGCAAUGAGCUAUUUCAAUACACUUUUCACAAAUAACGCUAAUUUCCAGUUGGCUGCCUCUCAAUAACUCAACCUCUUCAUUACAAUGACCAAUUCUCUACCUAACCAUUGCUACUAUGUUGACCACAACGCACCAUCUGGUUCCACAUCAGCCUUCCAAGCUUAUGGAUUGAUCGGUGUUUUCAACCCUACACUAUUAUUCAAUGAUAUUUACCUUGCUCAAGCACUUGGUGGUGAAGCUGAUCUUGAUUACGUUUACUACAGAGCUGACGAUCAAUAAGAUUUGGAUAACUAUCUCUGCGACCACACCUGGGCCAAGGCAAGCUUCCUCCCAGCUACUACACUCCACGUUGAAUUCUAUGGUAGAUUGACACUUGUACCUGCCGCAGGAGGUAAUCCAGCUUCCACUACCUUGACAAGUAGAUCAUGGGAAUACAGCUAUCAGAGCAGCUUUUCUAUGCUUAGACUACCAGACUCCAGCCCAAUUGUUGGAGUAGCAUUGAACGGAGUUUUCUUCUUCGCUGGAUCAUCUCACUAUGGAUACGACGCUUUCUUCCCAAAGGCCUACGGAACCAGAAAAUCACCAGAGGCUAUCGAAGUUGAUGUCUGUCUAGGUACUGCUGACAACUACAAUACCUAUAGAUAUCACAUGUUCUCACCAUGCAUCUAUGAUAUUGCUUUGAGAGACAGAGCUAUGGACUGCGCCAACGAUGCCGUUUGCUCAAAAGAUGUUAGAAACCAUUCUCUUGCACACAUUCCUGAGCAACUCAAGACUCAAGACCCAAUUGGAAUCGCCAAGGACGGAAGAAUCAUCUAUGGACCAUACAGAACUGAUGGAUUACUUUGGCAACCUUGCGAUGUGGAUAUCUGCAACGGAGUCAAAUUCUCUAGACUUAAUUACGGAUAUGUCGCAACAAUGUUCCAUCCCUACAUUGUUGGAUGCUGGGGACCCGGUAACAGACCAGUUAAGAGAAGCUAAUCAUGCUCAACCAACGGUAGAUGGUGCGCUUCAGGCUCAAACCUUCUCACCAGUAUUGCUGUUUUGGCUCUCACAAUUUCAGCUCUCUUUUAUUGA